GGGCAUAAGAAAUGUCAACGAGCACUUUUAUCAUCGUGCAGAUUACAGCAGCUCAAAUUUUGAUAGCCUCUUCAAAUUUAAUUUUAACUAAUUCAGCUUAGUAUUAAGAAUUGUUCGAAAUCGGAUGUUUGGUUCCAUCAAUGAUUAAUUUUCGCGCGCAAAUACAGUAAACUUUCCCUGGAAACCGGGAUAGAGAUUUUUUGGCUAACGCAUUGGAGAACCGGAAUCGAAGAACAAAAUGGAAAGCGACAAGACUAACACUAUCGACGCUGAAACAGAAAGUUCUGGACCGAUCACAGGAAGAAAAGAGGUGCUGUUAGACGGUUAUUUUUAUGAUGUGACUGAUUUUGUCAAGAGGCAUCCAGGAGGAAGCAUCAUCGAAUAUUAUACAAAAACCGGCGAAGAUGCGACACAUGCCAUACAGCAAUUUCAUCAGCGAUCAACUAAGCGAGUGAAAGCCAUCAUGAGCUCAUUGAGAAGGCGACCGGCGUCCGAUAAUGAAAUUCAAUCGGAUGAUGGUGUGCGGAAAAAGAAUCAAGCUUUGUCAGAAGAUUUUACCAAGUUGUAUUUAGAGUUAGAGCGGGAAGGUCUUUUCAAACCAUCGUAUGUACACAAUAUUUUACGAAUGGCUGAACUGUUUGUGAUCGCUGCACUAGGCUAUAGCCUGCUACAGUGGCAAAAUAGUGGUGCCAAAUUGAUGGGAAUCGUUUUGAUUGGCUUGGUACAAGGCCGGAGUGGAUGGAUACAACACGAAAGCGGUCACCACUCGGUCAGUGGAAAUCCAAAUUUCGAUCGAUUUUUUCAUGCCGUCAUAUUUGGAAUCGGACUGGGUCUUUCAUCAACUUGGUGGUCACGCGGACACAAUCGUCACCAUGCCAUGCCCCAACGAUUAAACCAUGAUGUUGAUCUGGACACAUUGCCACUUCUAGCGUAUAAUGCAAAAGUUGUGAAGAAUGCCAAAACUGGCAAAGGAUUUAUGAUACAAAAUCAGGCCUUCUUGUUCUUGCUGAUCGACACAUUGCUGGGCACGUUAAUAUGGCAGAUCUACAUUCAUCCCAGAUUCGUGUUGAAGCACAAGUUUUACUUACAAAUGGUUUCAAUGAUGGGACACUAUGUCCUUGCUUAUCAAAUCGGUUUUUGGCCUUGGUUGAUUUCCACUUGGGUCAUGUCCGUCUACUUGUUCGCAAAUUUCGCAUUGUCACACAGCUUUUUACCAGUUACGACAGAGCCCACUCAUUGGGUGGAAUAUUCAUUGAUUCACACUGCUGAUGUUGAACAAAGACCGUGGUGUAACUGGUGGAUGGGUUAUCUCAACUACCAGAUCGAGCAUCAUCUCUUUCCGACAAUGCCUCAAUUCCGUCAUCCACUAAUUAAGGACAGAGUGAAAGCUCUGGCGGAAAAGCAUAAUAUUCCGUACGUGGUUCAUUCUUAUGCGGAAGCAGUGCAGAAAACAUUUAAAAAUCUAUCCGAAGUUGCCAAAGAAUUGAAACAUUUAUAGUUUCGGCGUCGAAUAUUUACUGAAUUAUUGUUUUAAAUAAAAAAAAAACUAAUUUUGUUAAA